AUGAUUGGAUUAAGAUAUAGUGCGUCUAGACGUGGUAUAGAUAAGCCCCCACGUACCGCUACUGUGAUCGACGAUGACGAUGAAUUAUAUACAGGAUUUAACGAAGUAUCCCCAGCGUUAGAUACAAGAAAUCUUCGUGAAGAUCAAGCUUUUCAGCAAACGAUAAGAACUGCUGGAAUGGGCCGACAGAACACUAGCCGAGUAGGCACUGGGGCGUUCCGACUGGGCACUGUGAACGUGCGAGGCGCAUCUCGCGCCGGCACGGCUGCGGCUCGGCCCGUCACGGCCGUGCGAGCUGCAGGCUACACGUCCACCCGGGAGGCACCCGCCAGGGACGAGAAAAAAGAGGACAGUAUUGAAGAUAAAAUAAAACAAAUGGAAUCCAAGAUAAUGACCUUGGUAGAAGAAUCUUGUAUGAUUAGCGCACGUACAGAUUCGGACGACCAAAAUGAAAGCAAAAAGGAACAAAACUUGAGCCAGGCGUUAGCGAUAGCUCAAGAAGCAUCUACGCUAGAGAAACAAUUAAUACGUAUGCAGGAACAAGCUAACUUAGGUGACUCCCAUAAUUUGGACCUUACUUUUGCUGUGCUUUGUAAUUUAGCGGAUCAAUAUGCGUUAAAUGAAAUGUACACGGAAGCUCUGAAUACGUACCAACUUCUUACCAGGAAUAAAGUUUUUCCUCACGCAAAUAGACUAAAGGUGAACAUGGGUAACAUAUAUUUUAAAAUGGGCGAACAUCCUAAGGCGCUGAAACUUUACCGCAUGGCUUUAGAUCAAACGCCAACGGCAGAAAAAGACUUGAGAAUGAAAAUUAUGCACAACAUAGGCUUACUUCUGGUGCGUAUGGGCAAAUUCCGCGAUGCUGUGACCAAUUUCCAACACAUAAUGCAUGAACAAGGAGAUUUUCAAACGGGACUGCAUUUAGUACUGUGUUCGGUUGCCCUGGACGAUGCCGAAGGAGGCAAAGCGGCAUUUCAUGCAAUGCUUGAUGUAGAGCCACCCACUUAUCACCAUGAUAUUGGUAUUGAUGAUGAAAACGACGCGUACGAGUGUGUCGUUCGCGACGUGGUGCGCGGCGACCGGCUGUCGCGCUGGUCCCGCGCCGCGGCCGCGCACGCCGAGCGCUGCCUGGCGCUGGCCGCCGCCGCGCUCAUGCGCCCGCCGCGCCCGCAGCGCGACGACGACCAGGGAAAUGCUUCGUGGUGCGUGGAGGCUUUACGAGGUUAUUCGGGCGGAGGCGCCGGAUCUCGUUUAGAACUUGGAAGCGCUUUGGCAGCACUAAGAGGCGCCGCUGGCGCUCCCGGUGGCGCCGGGUCGGGCUCUACGAGUGCAAUGGCGGCUGGAAUGCGAGCAUUGCAGCGACUGAAAGCCGUCGCUCGCGCUCAUCCCAAUGAUCGUGUUUUACGGGCCGAAGCUAACACUGACGCAGCAUUCGUUGCUUAUGCGCUCGGCAAGUUCUCCGAAGCGCGCUCCCUGAGCGAGGCGGCCUCGCGCGACGACCCUUACAGCUGUGCAGCGCGCGUGUGCAGCGCCCUCGCCGAGCUAGCAGCCGCUCGCCUCGCUUCGCCCUCUGCCCCGCCCUCUGCCUCGUUCUCUGCCUCGUCCGCAUCGCCCGUCUCGAGCGCCGCGCGCGCUGCCGCCGGUCACCUCGUCGCCGCCACGCACAUGGACCCCACCGAUUUGAUCGCUAUGCACGAUUCGGCCCUCGCGCUGGAGCUGACGGGCUCGGCGGGCGAGGCGGACGGCGCGCAGGCGCGCUGGCUCCGCGUGCACAGCUCGGCGGACGCCGGCGCCACGCUGCGCGCGCUGGCCGCCGCCGGCCUGGCGCGGAGCUCGCGCGCCGCCGCAGACCAUGCGGACGAGACCGCUGAGCACUGGUACAGUAUAAUAGGCAACUGGGACAUCGGAGUGUCGUGUGCACUAGCACAACUACACAGCGAAAUGGGCGACACUCAAACUGCCAGACAUCACUAUCAAGACGUGGAGGCGGCGUGGGCGAGCGAGGAGGCGUUGCGCUGGCUGGCGGCCGACGCGUCGCCCGAAGCCGCGCUGCGCUACUGCCGCCGCGCCGCGCGCUUGCAGCCCGCCUCGCCAGAAUGGGGUUUGUUGAUGGGGAGCUGUCUUCGCGCUAGUGGACGGUAUCAAGAAGCACUCGCACUGUAUAAGAAACUCAAUGCAAGGUUUCCUGAUAAUAUUCAAUGUUUGAAGCUUAUAGUGAAGCUGUGUGGAGACCAGGGUCUUGCCGAGACCAGCGCGUGGAACCGCGAACUGCAGAGACGCAAGCAGCUUGACAGAGUGAACACGGAGUCAGCCGAAAGAAGCUCAUCGCUCUCAAACAGGUCGCCCGCGCUGGACACGCUAAAUCAAGGGGGUGACGCCGGUGGCGAGGGGAGUGCGACGCGGCGCGCACGCUCGAAUGACAACGAAACACUCGACCAUGAUAACAUGCAACCUCUGACACGGUCCGUCAGUCGGCCAGACAAAAAGAAAAAUAUAGAAGAUUUCGAUGACGACUUGCCUUUACCACCCGAGUGAUGUGGUCGUUUAAAUAAAUUUGCUACUGUAUGAAUAAAAAAUUACUGAUCACUGAUUA